CCUACCCAGAGACUGCUUGACAAGAUUCUGUGGUUCGUCCACAAUUUAUGAGGCACGAAGACAGAAACGUCCUGGCGUCUUUAUCAAAGUUCUCUAGCUUUUAAAAUUACACCCACAAUAUUCCCGAGAUGAGCGUGCUUUCUUUUUCCCUUCCCUGGGCCACGACCUGGCUCCCCAGCUACGUCCUGCGGCCAGAAAGAAGAAUACAAUACUCGCAAUUCAGGCUCUUGUCACGUUCUGUCAUAAAGCACUAUUCCAUAUGUGCUAUCUCAAUCGCAUUUCGCGGUAGCUACUUGUACAGCCUCACCGAUCAGUUACUGGAAAUAUGACAAUGGCAAAGCCUCACACUCUGGACGUCCUCCUCUAUCCCAUGGGCCCAA